CUACGGCAAGUCGGAGGCAGUAAGAUGGCGGCUGCUGAGGAAGGUUGCGGUGUUGGGGUCGAAGACGACCGGGAACUGGAGGAGCUUCUGGAAAGUGCUCUUGAUGAUUUCGACAAAGCCAAACCCUCCCCAGAACAUGCUCCGACCAUCUCGGCUCCCGACGCUUCAGGACCCCAGAAGAGAGCGCCAGGAGAUACUGCCAAAGAUGCUCUCUUCGCCUCCCAAGAGAAAUUUUUCCAGGAACUGUUUGACAGUGAGCUGGCUUCCCAAGCUACUGCGGAGUUUGAGAAGGCAAUGAAGGAGCUGGCUGAGGAAGAGCCCCAUCUGGUGGAGCAGUUCCAGAAGCUCUCAGAGGCAGCUGGGAGAGUGGGCAGCGAUGCAAGUUCUCAGCAAGAGUUUACUUCUUGCCUAAAGGAGACGUUAAGUGGCCUGGCCAAAAACGCCACUGAGCUGCAGAACUCGGGCAUGUCUGAAGAGGAGCUGAUGAAAGCCAUGGAAGGGCUGGGCAUGGAUGAGGGGGAUGGGGAAGCGAGCAUUCUCCCCAUCAUGCAGAGCAUCAUGCAGAACCUCCUGUCUAAGGAUGUGCUGUACCCAUCCCUGAAGGAGAUCACAGAAAAGUAUCCAGAAUGGCUCCAGAGUCACCAGGACUCCACUCCUCCCGAGCAGUUUGAGAAGUACCAGCAGCAGCACAGCGUCAUGGUCAAAAUCUGUGAGCAGUUUGAGGCCGAGACGCCCACAGACAGCGAGGCUACUCAGAGGGCUCGCUUUGAGGCCAUGCUAGAUCUCAUGCAGCAGUUACAGGCCUUGGGCCAUCCUCCAAAAGAGCUGGCUGGGGAGAUGCCUCCUGGCCUCAACUUUGACCUGGAUGCUCUCAAUCUGUCGGGCCCCCCAGGUGCUAAUGGCGAACAGUGUCUGAUCAUGUGAAACACAGCACAGUUUCCUCCCUGAGCCCCAGCCGUGGGGAACAUCUGGAGUCAACAGAGUCACUGGGAACUGAGGCAGGAGUAUCAUCUGUGGGAGCUGGCUGCCCCACCCACACUCUCCAUCCCAUUCAAGACUGUGCCAUACCAGCUGAUCUGUAGGCCUUUUCUAUGAGUCCUACUCCAUCAGGGUUUCUGCUGUUAGAAACAGGCCAAUUAUCUGCCAGGUGAAGGAAGGCAUCCCUUGUGGGGCAUUUCACUUCUUCCCACUCCCCAAAUAAUGUUACACAUGGCAGUACUCAUGUUCCCCUUGAUUCCCAGGGACGUCGCGCCUUGUUUCUCCUCCCUCUCUGUGUCUGGGGAGGAGGAGCUGAGUCCUGACUCUGUGCUCCUGUUAGGCAGGGCCUCUGGGAAGAGGAGAAAUGUAGCCUGAGCUGGGGCUGGAGGCUGGUCACCGCAUAUCCUUGCCUUCCUUUGGAAUUCUCUUAAGGGAAAGGAAUUUUGCACUUAGCCAUGGUCGGGUUGGAAGCAAAGCCUUGGGCUUUUCCUGUCCCUAGGUGCUGAGCCCCAAUCCCCCUUUCCUCCUGAGAACUCAUGUUGCUGCCCUGGUUCUUUCUACAGCUCUGGGAUUUAGGGGGAGCCAACUCUUGGCCUUCCUUUGCUCCCUGACUGUCCUUACGUCCUCUCUGUUUAGAGUCUUAUUUAUUCUGCCCUUUUAACCAGUGCUGUGAUGGAUGAAGGCCAAUCUUGUUUCCUUUCAUCUAGUACCUGGACCAUUCUCCCUAGACCCUUGCCUUCCUCCCUGGCCAACACAUACUUGCAGUGUCAGAUCUGGUACAUGAAUGGCCAUUCUACCCAGAUAGGUUUUAGCUUAUAUAUAGGACAUCAGAUUCCCUGGAAUCCUUGGUUCAGGAAGGUGCUUGGGAAAGGGGUGUAGCCAGAAUAUUUUUUCCCUGCAAGCCCUAUGGGGUAGUAUCUAAUAAAUAUUCUGAGCAAGUGUGUGGGUUAUUUUUCAUCCAGGUCUAUUUCUAAUCUUCCCUAGUUUCUAUAAACUGCAGAGUGAGAUGUGUUAGGAGAUGGAUAGUUCUGUAUAGUGUUGUUAGGCUCUACCAUGGCCCAGCCCUCCAGCUCAGCAAAAGAAUACUGUCUUCGUCUCCUUGGCACUUAUUUCAGUCUUAACGUUUUACGAUAUAGCUGAUGUUAGUGAUUGAUAUAUUAUCAACAUGUUUUCUAAAUUAUCUAACUUUGAAUCAACCUGCUUUUUCACAGUGGUUCUAAGCACCAUGGUUGCCAUAUAUUUUAUGGAUAUUCUUUUAGGCCACCUAGCUAGUUCACUUGGAAAAUAACGUUUUAAAAAUAUAUUUUUUAUUUAUUCUUUGGAAUUUUAUACAUGUAUACAAUGUAUCCUGAUCAUAUCCACCCUCCCACCCCACCCCACCCCACCUGCUGGAAAAUAACUUUGGCAAGAAGAAAUUCACAUUUAUCAUUUGAGUCACUUCGAGUUCGUAACAUCAUUUCCCCUGGGCUAAAACCACAUUUAAGGAUGCAACAUAUUCUAUGGAAAUGUGCUUGCGGCCUCGGUCUGGGAACUUCCCAGCCAGCACAGCUUAUCAAACGGAAGACUCGGGGUCUGAAUUUGAGACUCCUCCAUGCGCUGAGGAAGGGAAAAUGAAUGUACCAGCUGAUCUGUGGUGAUGAGUGGGGUCUGAAUUGCCAAUAUUUUAUUGAUGCUCCUGACAAAAGCUUGACAAGGACAGGUGAGGAGACAGGAACAGGAAUGAUCGGCCCUUGGAACUGUUCUCAUUGCCAUGCUGGCCAAACUUUAUUCUCAUUUCUGCUGGUGAUGCUGUGGUCCACCAUGGUUUUAUUUUCAAGACUUUUUUUUUUUUUUUUUUUUUCAUUUUAAUUUGGUUGAACAUGAGCAAGUUGACCUUGGGUUGGACUUUUUUCCUAAAUACCAUUUGAAUUACUCUGGGACUUAGAGCUGAAUAAAACCUGGUACCCUAGGGCAGUCCUCCUCAAGGUAUGUGUGGUAAAGGACCAGAGUUUAGUCCCUCUGCAUCAGUAUGUGGAUCUGUUGCCCGUGACAGAUAUGUAAUUGAGACUAUAUACAACUUGUAUACAAAUUUGAAAACACCUAAACUGUCUAGACUCUGUUACAGGUUAAGCCCACUGAUCACAUAAUUAAAUUUCACAGCUAUAUCAAAUACU